AAAUUGCUGUUGAAUAAAUAAACCCUAAAAAGAAAAAAAAAGGAAUUACGGUGACGGACAUGGUCUUUGUGUCCCCAAUCCUGAAUCGUUUGUCAAUUCUCAUCUCCUCCCUCAUUCUUUUUUGAGAAUAAAAAUUAAGUCUUUCCCCACUCUCUGCCGUCCCCCGUCGUUACUUUUCUCUGUUGCCAUCUUGGCCGCCGCUUUUUCUCCGUCAACCAUCGUCUUCUCCCUCUUUUAGAUUCCCUGCUCUGCUGAUCUACUUCAGGGAUCCUUGUAAUGCAUCGAGUAGGCAGUGCAGGGAAUACCUCUGGUUCGAGUCGCCCUAGGAAGGAGAAAAGAUUGACAUAUGUUCUUAAUGCUUCUGAUGACACAAAGCAUUCUGCCGGCAUAAAUUGCUUGGCCAGGUUGAAGUCCAAUGAAUCUGGUAGUAGUGAGUUCUUGUUUACUGGUAGCCGUGACGGAACGUUGAAGAGAUGGGCUGUUGACGACAAAGCAGCUACUUGCUCUACUACUUUUGAAUCUCACGUGGAUUGGGUAAAUGAUGCUGUCCUUGUUGGUGAUCAUACACUUGUGUCUUGCUCUUCGGACACUACUCUUAAGACAUGGAAUAGCUUGUCUAAUGGUGCAUGCACGAGGACUCUGCGUCAGCACUCAGACUAUGUUACCUGUCUUGCUGCAGCAGAAAAAAAUAUAAAUACUGUUGCCUCUGGUGGCCUCGGUGGGGAGGUGUUUGUUUGGGAUAUCGAAGCUGCACUUGCUCCAGUUUCUAAGUCAAAUGACAGUAUUGAAGAAGAGGCUUCCAAUGGAAUUAGUGGUGGUGGGAGUAAUCUGCCUAUUACCAGUUUGCGCACAAUCAAUUCCAGUAAUAACAUCUCUUUGAAUUCUACUCCAAAUCAUGGUUAUGUUCCUAUUGCUGCCAAAGGCCAUAAGGAAUCAGUGUAUGCAUUAGCAAUGAAUGAUAGUGGGACUAUUCUUGUUUCUGGUGGAACUGAGAAGGUUGUGCGUGUUUGGGACCCGAGAUCGGGUUCGAAGACCAUGAAGUUGAGGGGUCACACAGAUAACGUUAGAGCAUUGCUCUUGGAUUCUACUGGAAGGUUUUGUUUGUCUGGCUCUUCUGAUUCUAUGAUCAGACUAUGGGAUCUAGGUCAGCAGCGCUGUGUGCAUUCAUAUGCUGUUCAUACAGAUUCUGUCUGGGCUCUUGCCAUCACAAAUUCAUUUACUCAUGUCUACAGCGGUGGAAGAGACCAAUCUUUAUACAUGACGGACUUGAACACUAGAGAGAGCAUUUUGCUUUGUGCAGAAGAUUACCCAAUUUUGCAGUUGGCACUGGAUGAUGAAAGCAUAUGGGUUGCAAGUACAGAUUCUUCGGUUAAUAGGUGGCCUGCAGAAGGACACAAUCCUCAGAAAAUGUACCAAAGAGGAGGUUCCUUCUUGGCUGGGAACCUAUCAUUUUCAAGGGCAAGAGCUUCCCUUGAAGGAUCCACUCCUAUUCCAGUAUACCGGGAGUCAACACUCAAAGUACCUGGAAUUCCAGCGAUUGUGCAGCAUGAGAUAUUGAAUAAUCGAAGGCGUGUUCUUACCAAGGAUACAGCUGGUUCUGUGAAACUAUGGGAAAUCACAAGGGGUGCUGUGAUUGAAGAUUAUGGCGAGGUAUCAUAUGAGGACAAAAAGAAGGAGCUAUUUGAGAUGGUGAGCAUUCCUACAUGGUUCACUGUGGAUACCAGGCUAGGUAGUUUGUCUAUUCAUUUGGAUACACCACAGUGCUUUUCAGCUGAGAUGUAUUCUGCUGAUCUUAACAUCGCUGGAAAACCUGAGGAUGAUAAGGUCAAUCUAGCUCGAGAAACACUGAAGGGCUUAUUGGCUCAUUGGUUAGCGAAAAGAAAACAGAGAUCAGGAUCUCAAUCAACAGCGAAUGGUGAAGCUCAAUCAGUGAAAGAAAUCUCCUCCAGAAGCAUGACCCACUCACGAAUUGAAGUUGAUGGAAAUGCAGAAAAUGAUUCAAUGAUAUAUCCUCCAUUUGAAUUUUCUGCUGUUUAUCCUCCGUCUAUCAUUACUGAGGGUUCUCAAGGGGGAGCAUGGAGGAAAAAGAUAACUGAUUUGGAUGGCACGGAAGAUGAAAAGGAUCUCCCUUUUUGGGUUAUGGAUUGCGUUUUAAACAAUCGUCUACCUCCUAGAGAGAAUACCAAGUGUAGCUUUUACUUGCAUCCAUGUGAAGGUUCCACAAUCCAAAUCUUAACCCAGGGGAAGCUGAGUGCUCCUCGUAUAUUAAGAAUACAUAAGGUUGUCAACUAUGUUGUUGAAAAGAUGGUCCUUGACAAAUCAUCGGAUGGCGCGUCUGGUGAUGGUACGUUUGCUCCAGGGUUAGCUGGUGGGCCCUUGCAGACUGGAGCAGAUGGAUCUCUCCGUAGACCCUGGCAGCGGCUAAAGCCUGCGAUUGAGAUUUUGUGUAAUAAUCAGGUAUUAUCUCCCGAUAUGAGCUUGGCAACAGUACGAGCUUAUGUAUGGAAAAAACCUGAAGAUCUUGUACUUCAUUAUCGUGUGGUGCAGGGAAGGUGACUCUACUUUAAGCCAUAAGGAUUAGAGCUUUCAAAUGAAACGGAUUGCAGUGGAGCUAGCUAAUAGGUCAUAGUUGACAUCCCUUGGGUUGCUUAUAUUAAUUGGGAUAUGUCGAUCGCUUCAUUGUAAAUUGGAGAAGAAAUUUGAUUGCUGAAUUUAGCAUCAUUCUCCGUAUUUUCUUGAGAAGCUCUUGAUUGGCAUUUUCAUUGUCAGAAGCAUUGCAAAAUCCGAAGCUCAUAUAUUUGCAGUACGAGCUUCUGACUACAACCUGUUUUCGUGGAGACUGCUUGCAAAAUCGAAGAAAUUCUGUGUCUUGUAGAGAACUGUGAAUUUCUAUAGGAGUGGAAUCAGGAAGAUGGUGUCGAAAGCCUUGUAGAUUUGUAACUUAAGGGGGUCUCAGUUAUAGGAAAUUUUAUUAAGGAAAUAUGUGUUGGAAAUAAAUCGAAGUUCAUUUGUCUGCACAGUUUAUUUGGUAUAUAUUUACUCUAUUUCUUAA